UCAGUUAUACCAUUACUACGAUAUUUCAAAGAUAUUUUUUUAGAGAGUCUCAUCGAGGAAAUCCCAUAACCAUAAAACUCAUAUGAGAAUAGCAGCUUUGUUGCUUGUGACACUCUCAGGCUACGGCCUGCUGAGUGCAACACAAGGUUUAGAUGUUUGCGAGAGUCAGGAGCAAAAUGCCCGUCUGCCACAUCCUGCUGAUUGCACGAAAUUUAUAAUAUGUCGCAAUGGUAUUACAUCCGAAAUAUUGAGUUGCCCAUUGGGCUUACAUUUCAGUCGCUUCACAGCGAAUUGCGAUUUGAGAUAUAAGGCAAAAUGUGAUCAACGCUACACUAGUGUUUUUGAUUUUGGAAAGGAAUUGAAGGAUAAUUGCGAGGCGUGCCAAAUAGCAUGCAAUUGCCAAAUACCUCCAAGUCCACCAGGGCCUCCCACUCCACCACCGGGACCACCAAACACACCACCAGGGCCUCCAAACCUUCCACCUGGACCACCUGAAUCACCACCAGGACCUCCAAACCCUCCACCAGGGCCUCCAAACCCUCCAACAGGUCCCCCAUACCCUCCACCAGGACCUCCAAAUCCUCCACCAGGACCUCCCAAUCUACCGCCAGGACCUCCAAACACACCACCGGGACCUCCAAACACACCACCGGGACCUCCAAACCUUCCACCUGGACCACCAUGUAGCCCUCCAGGACCGCCUGGGCCACCAGGACCACCACCUGGGCCACCUGGCCCACCAGAACCACCACCAGGACCGCCAGAACCUCCGCCAGGACCACCACCUGGCCCACCAGGACCACCACCUGGCCCACCAGAACCACCACCACCACCUGGGCCACCAGGACCACCAGGACCACCAGAACCACCACCAGGACCGCCAGAACCUCCGCCAGGACCACCACCUGGCCCACCAGGACCACCUCCUGGACCAACGGAACCACCUCCCGGCCCAACAGGACCACCACCGGCCCCUCCAGGACCGCCAGAACCUCCGCCAGGACCACCACCUGGCCCACCAGGACCACCACCUGGCCCACCAGGACCACCACCUGGCCCACCAGAACCACCACCGGCCCCUCCAGGACCGCCAGAACCUCCCCCAGGACCACCACCAGGACCACCACCUGGCCCACCAGGACCACCUCCUGGCCCAACAGAACCACCACCUGGCCCAACAGAACCACCACCUAGCCCACCAGGACCGCCAGAACCUCCCCCAGGACCACCAACAGAACCACCUCCACCGGGACCACCAGGACCUCCAAACCUUCCACCUGGACCACCAAACCCACCACCAGUACCACCUUGUAACCCUCCAGGACCACCAGGUCCACCGCCUGGCCCACCAGGUCCACCACCUGGCCCACCAGGACCACCGCCUGGCCCACCAGGACCACCACCUGGCCCACCAGGACCACCACCUGGCCCACCAGAACCACCACCUGGCCCACCAGAACCACCACCUGGCCCACCAGGACCGCCAGAACCUCCACCAGGACCACCACCAGGACCACCACCAGGACCACCACCAGGACCACCACCAGGACCACCACCUGGCCCACCAGGUCCACCUCCUGGCCCAACAGAACCACCUCCUAGCCCAACAGAACCACCACCUGGCCCACCAGGACCACCACCUGGCCCACCAGGACCACCUCCUGGCCCACCAGGACCACCACCUGGCCCACCAGGACCACCACCUGGCCCACCAGGACCACCACCUGGCCCACCAGGACCACCACCUGGCCCACCAGGACCACCUCCUGGACCAACGGAACCACCUCCCGGCCCAACAGGACCACCACCUGGCCCACCAGAACCACCACCGGCCCCUCCAGGACCGCCAGAACCUCCCCCAGGACCACCACCAGGACCACCACCUGGCCCACCAGGACCACCUCCUGGCCCAACAGAACCACCACCUGGCCCAACAGAACCACCACCUAGCCCACCAGGACCGCCAGAACCUCCCCCAGGACCACCACCAGGACCACCACCUGGCCCACCAGGACCACCUCCUGGCCCAACAGAACCACCACCUGGCCCACCAGAACCACCACCGGCCCCUCCAGGACCGCCAGAACCUCCCCCAGGACCACCACCAGGACCACCACCAGGACCACCUCCUGGCCCACCAGGACCACCUCCUGGCCCAACAGAACCACCUCCUAGCCCACCAGGACCGCCAGAACCUCCCCCAGGACCACCACCUGGCCCACCAGGACCGCCAGAACCUCCCCCAGGACCACCAGAACCUCCCCCGGGACCACCUGGACCACCACCAGGUCCCCCAGAACCACCACCUGGCCCACCAGGACCACCACCAGUACCACCACCUGGACCACCGCCUGGACCACCACCAGGACCACCUCCUGGCCCACCAGGUCCACCGCCUGGCCCACCAGAACCACCACCUGGCCCACCAGGUCCACCUCCUGGCCCAACAGAACCACCUCCUAGCCCAACAGAACCACCACCUGGCCCAACAGAACCACCACCUAGCCCACCAGGACCGCCAGAACCUCCCCCAGGACCACCGCCUGGACCACCACCAGGACCACCUCCUGGCCCACCAGGACCACCUCCUGGCCCACCAGGACCACCUCCUUGCCCACCAGGACCACCUCCUGGCCCAACAGAACCACCUCCUAGCCCACCAGGACCGCCAGAACCUCCCCCAGGACCACCGCCUAGCCCACCAGGACCGCCAGAACCUCCCCCAGGACCACCAGAACCUCCCCCGGGACCACCUGGACCUCCCGGACCACCACCUGGACCACCACCAGGUCCCCCAGAACCACCACCUGGCCCACCAGGACCACCACCUGGACCACCCGGACCACCAACUCGCCCACCAGGACCACCACCUGGCCCAACAGAACCACCUCCUAGCCCAACAGAACCACCACCUGGCCCAACAGAACCACCACCUAGCCCACCAGGACCGCCAGAACCUCCCCCAGGACCACCGCCUGGACCACCACCAGGACCACCUCCUGGCCCACCAGGAACACCUCCUGGCCCAACAGAACCACCUCCUAGCCCACCUGGACCUCCCGGACCACCACCUGGACCACCACCAGGUCCCCCAGAACCACCACCUGGCCCACCAGGACCACCACCUGGACCACCCGGACCACCAACUCGCCCACCAGGACCACCACCUGGACCCCCUGGACCACCAUGUGACCCUCCAAAGCCACCGCCAUGCGUUACAACACUUUGUACCACGGUUCCUACCCCCUGUUUGACUUCAAGGCAUGAGAAGAAACAUGCACACCACUCAUACAAACCACAUCAUUCGCACGAUCCACACCACUCACACGGCUCACAUUACGCACACCAAAAAUUAAAACAAAGGAUUUUAAGCGUCCCAAUUCAAAAGAAAUUAUCGAAGGAGGCAAUGGCUCAAAUGAAGAACUCCCAUUUAAGGAUUACAGGCAGAAAGUCUAACACACAGUAUCCCAUAAAGCUAGGCAGGGCUAGUAGCAGACAAUUCAAUUGCACUCAUCCAUACAAAUGUGCUGGUCAACCAGAUGGAUCAUUAUUUGCUGAUCCCUUUUCCAGUGGCUACUAUGUGUGUCAAAACCAGUGUCGCUUAGAUAUGCCAUGUCCAACUGGUUUGAGAUUUAACGAAAAGUUACAGACAUGCGAUUACAUAUUCGAUUAAUUUAAGUUCAUAUGUAUUAAAUUACAAGAAUAAUUAUGCAUUAUAUUUGGAAAGAGGCCAAGUUACAUCUUAAGGAGUAGAAUGACAAAAAAAAAAAAAUUAUAUAUACACUGAUUGCAAAGAA